AUGACGGAAGAGGAAGUGCAGCAUCCGAUACGCGUUAAUACGUCGCAAUUGCCGGAUAAUUUAUCAGAUCUGUAUACAUGGGAGAAGAACGUUCAUACCGUAGACUUGGUUUGCAAACAAACAGUUGACGAGAGAGAGAUUUCUCCACCACGAACUGCACGAGUCUUUUAUUUCAAUGGACAAAGGACUGAUGCAAUGAGCAACCACUUGACCACUAAAAGUCAAGAGGAUUUAGAAAAAGAAGAAGGAAAUGGACAUUAUAAAUGUGGUGACUACAUGGCUGCAAUCAAGAGCUAUAGCCGUUGUCUAAGGUAUAAUCCAAACAAUGCAGUGGUCCUGUCGAAUCGCGCCAUGGCGUAUCUGAAGAAUCAAGAGUUUACCAAUGCAGAAGACGACUGCACAGUGGCACUAGAAGUAGAUCCAACACAUGUCAAAUCGUAUUCACGCCGAGGCACGGCACGGAACUCGAUGGGAAAACAUCGACUCGCAUUGCUUGAUUUCCAUUGUGCUGCGACUUUGGAUCCGAGAAACCGUCAAAUCCAGGUACAGCUGCAAUCGACUCGAGAACUUAUUCAGACAGCAAUCAAGUGCUCUCCAAAACGAACAGAAUUUGUAAUUGAAAUUGUGGGAGAAAGAUCACUGAAUAAUUACACUGGUGAGCAGGAUCUUGCUGCCUGUGAGAAGGAGGAAAGUUCUGAGUCACAACAGCUGAAGAAACGAAGUUCUGGCACGGAACAAAUGUCUUUACCAGGGCAAGAAUCACCCUCCUCUCUACUACCUCAGGAUGCGACGUUUUUGCAAGCAACAUGCACAAAAAAGAAGACGAAGAGCUUAACUAUGUUGCCCAAACUUCCUAAGAAAGCACCGGCUGCUUCUUACGAGUUUGGCCGCGUGUGGAAGACGCUCGCUUUGCGUGGAGAUGCUGAGCAGAAAAAUCGUUUGCUCAAUUUACGCGCUAAUUAUUUGCGCAUGGUUGAUCCUCCUUCACUUCGCAGCGUCUUCAAGACUGCGAUCGAGUCGGACGUGUUAUGUGAAAUCUUUCACGUCCUCCGCUAUGGUGUGGUCCCCGUAUCGGAGACAAACUCUUCACUAUCGGCCGACACCGCAUCAUUUGUGCUUGCGUUUAUUAGCGAGCUGACGAAAGUACCGCGCUUUAACAUGACAAUUAUGCUUCUGUCCGAUAGCGAUAAAGAAGAUCUGGCAUGGGUGGUCCAGUAUUUGGAAACAUUAGCGAAAAGGAGCAACAAGAUCGACGAGCAUCAAGUUGAUGACCUCAGGAAGCUGUAUCAGCUGCCAUGA